CCUUAGUCCUCACUCACCCCGCCGCUUCCGCUCCUUCCUCGCCUCGCUACGGUUCACGCGGCGCGCGCCGCCUCACUUCUCCUGCCACGCGGCUGCGAAUCCUUUCUAUAUAUACACCGCCGUUUUCCGAUCAAGUGAUCUCGCCGCUCCGGUGCUCCGCCUUCGUCCGUCGCCUGGUUAUGGAGCCUUCCACCUCGUCCCUCCUCGCUCUUCGCGACCAGUCCUUGCGAGAGUCCGUUGCUCCACUCCCAUGCCACUACGUCGAUGGCUAAUAACCCCAAACCAAUGCCUUCCCGCAUCCGCAAUCUCCCGCCCGCGAUCGUCGCCGUUCUCCGUCACAUCGGCUGAUUCGAUCCGCCCGGGCGACAAGGUAAUGAAUUUUUAGAAGAAAAAAGGAGAAUGAUCGAGCCUUGGUCAUCGGUUCAUUUUGUAGAUUAGAAAAGGGUUUAAAAAAAAAAAAAUCCUUUCUCUAUUUUCAUUUCUUUUCCUCUAGGAAUGGGACUCGUUGACCUCCAAGUUCGCAGAAGCUGCGAACACCCCCUUGCUCCUCCUCCAACUCCCCCAGAUCGUCCUUAAUGCACGCAAUCUUCUCUCAGGCAACAAAUGCCGCCCUUUUUUCCGUUCCUUGGCUGGUAGACGCUCUGUCUCUUUGGAGAAAAACGAUUUGUUUUGCCUGAACUACCAUAGAGAUUGGAAUUGGUUGUUGUAGGGUAUGCAUCUAAUCAUUGAAUGCCAGCACAGUAGUUGGUGAUCGAUAAUCCUCAUUCCUAUGCAUCUAAUCAUUGAUUGAUAGCACAUGUUAUGUGGUCUACUUUUGUUCCAUCUUUCCCUGACAGCAUCCUUCCUGGAGUCAUCUCCUUCAUUCUGACUGCUACAACUGUUACUUGACUCACUUUGGUAAGCUAUGCUCCUUAAUGAAUUUUUUUUUUCUUCUGAACAUGUUGAUGCUCCGGAGAUAGCCUUCCAAUUAAAAUUUGAGUUUCAUGAUCUUAUGCUUAGCCAACCGAUGGGAAAAUGAAUUUGUUUAGUGACCGAAAUAAAGAAGUUAUCCACUUUCAUAAUUGGAUUUGGGCACAAAAUAAUGUCUUCUAAUUAACCAGAAUGUCAAAAGUAUCAAGUAGUUUCUUUUUUCCUGAUUAAGGGAAAUUUGAAAUGAGGCCAAGUGAGAAUCUCUGACUAAAAUAUAUCAACUGGGGAGAAGUAGACGAGCAAAUGUUGGAUGAAGUAGGUUUAGGUAGAGUAAUCUGUUCAAUGUUCAGUGGUGGGGUAUGAACUAUGUAGCUGAUGCCAAAUAGAUAGGACUUGAGGUUCACUGCUGCUGCCUGCUACAUUUUGUUCAAUUGUUCUCAAAGUCCAUCCUUGUUUAAGUUCAGACCACCAUGAUCAAAAUUAAUAGAGUUUUGGAUGGUCUAGGUGAAACAAAUAAUUCUCCAAGUGGUUGGACCAACAUACUAUAUCCACUACAUUACCAUAAAACCCCAAAAAUCAAGUCAGAUUUCACUAGUUCUCUAGGUGUACCUUCGUAAUUGGACUAUCUUUUAGGAUUUUGGCUGAUGAGGAUUUUCAAAUCAAUAUUGACAUCCAAUCUAGAAUAAGGUUUUUUCCCUACAUGAUUUAUUUUCUGAACAAUAUCAGAAUAAUUAAUAUCAAUCUGGUUUUCUUUUGUUGAAAAUUUAAAUGGGAGUUCUUUGGUAUCAAUUCACUAGCCUAGGUGAAAAAACUAACCUAUUAACUUACGAGGCACAACCAUUGAUCCAAAAUGCUUAAGCCUAGGUUCUUUGUGUUCCACUCAUCUAAGCUUAUGAAUUCAUUAUUAAUCCAUAAUUCUCCAUAUAAGUCUAAUCUAGGAUAUCAUAGUCUCCCCACUGAAGUCUUAAUGUUCUCAUCAAGACCAAAGUUCUAACUCAUAGCCUAUAACCAGCAUUUGGAGGAGUAAUGGUGGAUCCGGGAUUACAUAGGCAACCAUUUUUAAUACCCCAACAUCUGUAAGAUUAGGUUCUCUCUCAUAACAGUUAUCAUGACUCACCUGAAUGUGAGUAUUGGUCCAUUUACUAGUCUGGCUUCACUCUUGGUCUAAAAUGCUUAUGCCUAAGUUAAUAGUAGACUCAUCUAAGCUUAUAAACUUUUUAUUAUUCCAUAAUUCUCUAUGUAGGGAUAAACUAGGAUGCCAUAUAUAACAAAUACCUGAAUUCAUGUGGAACAAGAAUAGACUAUGUGCAAUGUUUAUUCAACAACUGGUUAACAACGGGAAUAAAAGUCUUGAGAUGGAAGGCACCUAGCAAUAUUAAAAAGUGACUGAGAAAAGAAAGAUGCUAGUUCAUCCAUAUUAUUUUGUUUUAAUUUGUUUCUCAGUUGUGACUAUGUUAACCUGAUGUUAUGGUUCAGUAAAAAAUAUAGGAAAUUCACUAAAUUACAAAAAUAUGUCUAAAAUAUCAGGAGCUUGCUAAAGAAGAAUGGCAUGCCUGUUGCUAUUGCCUGGUAUUGCUAUCACUCUAAUUUUUCCCAGGCAUUAAUAUACUCAUCCUAAUGCUUUCAAUCUUCCACUUUAUUUUACUGAUGAACCCUGUAAAUAUCUUGUUCUGUACUGAUUCCUCCAUUCUCUUGUUUUUUUACAAUAGGCUUUAUUCAUUAGUUGGACCUGAAAUCAUAAGACAGUGAAAGUAUAUUUCUUAUUUUUGCCUUACAUUUUACGCAACUUUCUUGUUUUUAAACAUUUAUUUUUCAUUCAUAUUAUUCCUACAGACAUUCUUCCAUCUUGGUUUAAAGGUAUAUGUAUAGGCUUUAAAGGUACAUAUAGGCACGGAUUGGCAAACUUUCUGACAAAGUGACAAGGAUUGUAGGUUCACUGUCUGGAUGGACUGAAACCCUCCUUUUCAUGUGGAUGCCAGUUUCACAGAUGGUUCACUGGUUCAGCUUGAGCAUCAUUUCAUCAGGGCCGGGGAAACCUAUUCUGCUUGCAUAGGGUCGCAGCCCAAGGGGCUAAACUAAAGUCGGUGGCUGCUUUGGUUACAUUUACUGGACUGAAAAGAAAAUUCUAAAACAUUUUGGAGCCGUGGCUAAAAAGACUGCUGACAUAUCCGCUCGUGAUUCCAUUUCCCGAAAGCAACAUCCUGUACACUUCCUCUCUUCCAGACGCCGACCAUGACCACCUCUGCCUCUCCCUCCUCUCCCUCGCCUUCUACCUCUCCCACUCCCUCCAUCACCAUCCGCCGCCAGAAACUUCCCUCCUCUCCACAGCCCGAGGACCACGACCAUCUCGCUUCGGCCGACCGCUCUUGGCUCGGCGAUGCAACCGUCCAAGACCUCGACCACUUCGCCAACUCUCUCGCCGGCAUCAAAGCCAAGGGCGUCCGUCCGGAGCUCCUCGGAUCCCUCCUCUCCCACUACGCCUCCCGCUGGCUCCCCGAGCUCUCAGGCCGCACCGCCCCCUCCCCCGAGGAGAGCCCCACCGCUGCCUGGCUCAAGAAGCGCUUCCUCAUCGAGACCCUCGCCUCCGUCCUCCCGCCGGAAAAGGCCGCCCUCCCCGGCGACUUCCUUCUCCGCCUACUUCGUGCCGCCAGCUUGGUCGGCGCCGACCCGUCCUGCGUCCUCGCGCUGGAGGCGCGCGCCGCGGCGCAGCUCGACGAGGCCUCCCUCAAGGAGCUCAUGAUUCCCGCCUUCAACCACACUAGCGGAACUCUCCUGGACGUUGCCAUGGUCCUGAGGCUCGUCCACCGGUUCGUCAGGGCCGACGACGGCAGCCCCCCUGCAGCCAGGACUGGCGCUGCCCUCGCCAGGGUGGCCAAACUCGUGGAUUCCUACCUGGCCGAGGCCGCACUCGACUCAGGGCUCACCGUUGCCGCCUUCGAGGAGCUCGCGAGCUCGCUUCCUGUCCACGCCCGCGCCAUGGACGACGGUCUCUACCGGGCCAUCGACACAUACAUUAAAGCUCAUCCGGGCACCAGUAAGCAGGAGAGGAAGACGCUGUGCCGUCUGAUCGACGCGCGGAAGCUUUCGUCGGAGGCGGCGCUGCACGCGGCGCAGAACGAGAGGCUGCCGGUGAGGUCGGUGAUUCAGGUCCUCUUCGCGGAGCACAGCAAGCUGAGCCGGCUCGCGGAGUGGAGCGGGUCCUUUAACUGGUCGUCGACGGGGAGGAGCCCGAGCGAGGCGGCGGCGGCGGGGCGGUGCCAGUCGAAGCGCGAGACGGUGCCGCAGCAGCAGAAUGAGGUGCGGCGGCUGAGGGACGAGGUGGCGAAGCUGCACGCGCAUUGCCACGCGUUGCAGGCGCAAGUGGAUAGGCUGGCGAGCGCGCAGAGGAAGAAGGCGGUGUCAAGGAAGAAGGGGUGGCUCGCGUGCUGGUCUUGUUGGUUCGGGAGUGGGGAUCGUGGUGGUUCGGAGGCGGUUGAGAAGGUGGACCGGUCGGAAAGGAGCGCGGAGCGGCCGACGCCGGCGCGAAGCAAACAGGGAAGUAAAAUUCUCCGAACUGCCUCUUUGUAAAUGUAGAUCUCCUCAAAAUUGUGCUUGUUAACCUUAUUUUUAAGGAAUUGUCUACUGUCUAACUUUUUCAA